CGGACAGACCGGGUAGACUAGACCGUCAUUCGGGAUCGAUCCAUCCAUCGAGAGAGGGACGGAACGAAGCUAAACGUAACAAAAACAGUUUUCGAGCUAUUACGUGUCGGAAACUGAAACCAAGGUUCUAGGUCAGCGGUCAACAAGGGGAAUUGAAUGAAAGAGGAAUGAAUAUAACACUCGUGGCGUGGCACCCGAUUGAUCUUGAGCUUGUUGUUGCCUACUCUUCUGCUUUUGUUUGCAUGUGUUUUUCUCGUGUUUUCUUCUUUCUGUUUUUCUACAUUUUAUUUAGUGGAUACCUACCUCUACCAAGACGGAAAGAAAGUUCCAUACCUCACCUACCGACCGACCGACCGACCCAACAACCUACUUCCCCACGACGGAACUUCCAAUUCCACGACCAACCCAAUUUCACUCCCACAAAAACGCAUUCAACUGAACCAUGCCUAAACCAUGGUACCGCACCCGUCCAACAACAUGGCAUCUCGAAAUAGACCACUUCAUCAACCCUUUUAUCCCGGCCUCCUUUCUACCGCAUUUCCCGACGCCCAUUUCGCACUUUUUGGGAUAUCGAAGCCCAGCAUCCCAACGGGCGAAGAAGCCGGCGCUAGGGAAUUUGGCAAUCAUUUUGUUUGCGUUUGUGGGCGUGUUUGUGACGAUUACGAUAAUUGGGGCGGUGGGGGAGCAUUAUGAGGGGUUUCGGGGGAGGGGGGUGCCGGUUGUUGUGGGGAGUUUUGGCGCAGCAGCAGUCCUCGAUUUUUACGCCAUCGAAUCCCCCCUCUCCCAGCCCCGCAACGCCAUCGGCGGCCAACUGCUCUCGAGCAUAGUCGGCAUCUCCAUCGCCAAACUCUUUGCCCUCUCCCCGCACUUUGAAUCCAUCCGCUGGGUGGGCGCCUCGCUCGCCUGCGCUAGUGCCACAGCCGUCAUGGCGCUCACAGGCACGGUGCACCCGCCCGCGGGCGCGACGGCCCUCAUGGCGGGUUUGGACGACCAGGUGCAGGCGCUGGGCUGGUUCUUGAUUGCGCCUGUGAUGCUGGGGUGUGUGAUCAUGAUGUGCUGUGCGCUUGUGGUGAAUAAUUUGCGGAGAAGGUUUCCGAUUUAUUGGUGGAGUCCGGAACCGACGGGUGAGGUUUGGAAUGGGAAGGGGGAGGGGAAAGAAGAAGGGGUGGCUGGCUUGGAGAAGGGGCCAAGUGGUGGUGGUAAAGAAAGUGAAGAGACGAGGACGGGGUCAAGUUCGGAGUCGCGGCUGGGAAGAGGAACGAGGAGUGAUGAGACGUUGCGAGAUGUGGAUAUUGAAGCGCAGAGUUGCGGGGCAGUGUCCGAGUCGGCGGGGGAGGAUGAUGAUGGUGAGAGAGGGCUGAGGGUAGUGAUUUCAAGGCGAGGGGUGGAGAUUCCCGAGGGUCUGAGUUUGAGGCCGGAGGAGGUGACGUUCUUGGAGACGAUUUGUAAACGGUUAUGAAGGCGUGUUUGUUGAGCCUUCUUCGAGUUACCUCCAUGGAGAUAUCAUUAUAAUUCA